AACACCGAAUUACAUCUUCAAAGCUCAAAAUUUUCUCACAAAUACUGUACAAGAUGAACAGCUGCCAACAAUGGAAGACUGUGACUGCAAUGGUGGCUAUAAACUUUGCCAUGGCUAUAACAAAUGUGCUUGUCAAAAAAGUUCUUGAUAAUGGUGUUAGCCAUAUAAUCAUCUUAAUGUACCGUCAAGCAAUUUCAGCUGUAUUUUUGGCACCAAUUGCCUACUUUUGGGAAAGGAAAAGUAGACCAAAGCUCACAGCUCGAAUUUUAUGCCAGCUUUUUUUUAAUGCUCUUAUAGGGGCGACACUCUGUCAAUAUUUUUUCCUUUUGGGACUUGAAUAUACAUCUGCAACUUUCUCUUGUGCAUUCCUUAAUAUGGUUCCUGCAAUUACCUUCAUAUUGGCUCUACCAUUUGGGUUAGAGAAGGUGAAAAUCAAAAACAAGUCCGGGAUUGCCAAGUUUGUGGGCACGACGGUUUGCAUCGGCGGAGCUAUGGUGCUGACACUUUACAAAGGGAAAACGUUAGUCAGGUCGGAUUCAGAGACCAUGGUUCACGCUGUAAACUACGUUAAGAAAGAGAGAUGGGGCAUCGGUUCGAUAUUCCUAGCCGCGGGUACCGUCUUUUGGUCAUCAUGGUUCCUAGUGCAAGCCAGUAUAGGAAGGACAUAUCCAUGCCAAUAUUCUAGUACUGCAUUCUUGUCCUUUUUCAGUGCAAUUCAAUCAGCCAUUAUUAGUUUGAUAACAGAAAGGGAUUUCACAAGAUGGGUCUUGAAGGAGAAACUUGAACUCGUAACAGUGGCGUACAUAGGAAUGGUGGGAUCUGGUUUGUGCUAUGUGGGAAUGUCUUGGUGUGUGAAACAAAAGGGUCCACUUUUCACUUCAGCUUUCACUCCCUUGGUGCAAAUAUUUGUAGCCAUUUUUGAUUUCUCUAUUCUACAUGGGCAAAUCUACCUUGGAAGUGCCAUUGGAUCUGUUUUUGUUGUGAUUGGUUUAUAUAUGCUGCUAUGGGGCAGAAACUGUGAGGCUAAAGAAGAAACUCAAAACCUCAAACAACCACAAAUGGAGGAACAAGACUGCAAUGGAACGCCACAGGUUUAACCAAUUUCUAUUUUACUUGUGCAACAAGCAAAUGUUGUAUUGAAAUAAAUAUAUUUAUGGAAUUUAUAUAUAUAUGUAAGCUAUUUAAACCGAAAA